AUGAAUUUAAGUUUAAGCCAUUUUGAUAAUUUCAAUGUAUUUUUUAACAACCAAACAGAUAGACCAAUGCUUAACAGUGAUGUAAAUGAAGAAAAAAGUGAUGAUUACAUUCAAAACAUUUUAAUUACGAUAUCGUAUUCAUUGAUAGUUAUUAUCUCAUUAGUUGGCAAUACUCUGGUUUUCAAGACAAUUGCUUUUCAGUCAAAAAUGCGAAACUCAACGAACAUAUUAAUUGCUGUUUUAGCCGUUUCUGACUUAUUGAUGACCAUAUUUAACAUACCGUUCACUGUUGUCGACAUAAUUACAAGGGACUGGCUAUUUGGCCAAUUUUUUUGUACAUUGGUAUCAUUUGUCCAGGCUAAUUGUGUAUAUGUUUCCAGCUUUACAAUGGCUGUCAUAGCCAUCAACCGUUUUCAAGCAGUUUAUAGGACUCGACCUCAAGUUCCGGUUCGCAGUGAACAACGAUUUGAUUUUAAAUUACUGUUAAUCCUACUAAUAAUAUGGGUUUUGGCAGCCCUUCACUCACUCCCACACACUAUAUUCAAUGGCAUUGUUUUAAUUCAUGGCAAUCGUCGGUGUUAUCCAACGUUACCCGAAACUCAAUAUAACUUGCGAUUGAUAUUAACUUUGGAGACAUUUGUCACACAAUAUAUAAUUCCCUUAUCGUGUGCUGGAGUUAUAUACACAAGAAUAUCAUUCACAAUACUAUCUCAGGGAAGGGUCGGUGAAUCCACUGAAGACAGAGCUCGACAAAUGACCGGAAAAAAGAGACGCCGUAUUUCAAUGUUAAUACUUGUGGUUACAAUAUUUGCCUUAUGUUGGCUACCAUUUAAUGUUUAUUACUUAUUAUUAGACUUUGAAAUCAUUGAAAAACCAAAUUUUGUCAUUUUCUUACUCUGCCAUUGGUUGGCGAUGUCAUCCGUUUGCUAUAAUCCAUUUGUCUACUGUUGGCUAAACGAAAACUUUCGCAAAGAAGCCAAAAGAUUCUUCACAUUUAUUCUGGAAAUCCGUAACAGACCUGCGAUUAUAUAA